UAGAGAAGACAAAGUUUACAGAGCGGCUGGGAUGCUUAUAGACCGAGAUAUAAUAUUUGAGAUUUGGUGGAAUUUGAUGAUAAAUAUAUACCUUCAGUAUGGACGUGUUGAAGUCAGUCAGAAGGGUUAUGAGGAGUCCCAGUGUCUCCAAGCAACCACAGGAUAAACAUAAAAAGCUUCCAGAGAACUGGACAGACACGAGGGAGACCCUUGUGGACGGCAUGACCUUUAACCUCAGGCACAUGGGAAUGACUCUUGUUGACCAGCCCAAAGGUGAAGACAUGUCAGCUGCAGCCAUCAGAAGGAUCAUUGCAACGGCUAAAGCUGGGGGCAAGAAGCUCCUUAAGGUGGCACUUACAGUCUCUCCUCAGGAAAUAGUCAUUUAUGACCGUGUGUCCAAUCAGCUAAUAGAGCGCACCUCUAUUUACAGAAUAUCGUAUUGCACAACCGACAAAAUGCACAACAAAGUGUUUGCUUACAUCGUUCAGAACCAGAGAAACAAGAUGUUGGAGUGCCAUGCAUUCCUCUGUGCCAAGAAGAAAGUGGCUCAGGCUGUGACACUGACUGUAGCUCAAGCCUUCACCAUGGCCUUCGAGACCUGGCAGCUUGACAGAGAGGAGAAAGAGCAAAAGUCUGGUUCGGUUUUAAAGACAAAUUCAGUUAAAGAAAACUUGUUGGACUUUGAAGACUGCCCCAGACUUCACAUAGAAAACACUGAGAACCUGGAGCACCAUCUGGAGAAGCACAAAGAGAACGAAAACAGCAUCAUCUGGGAGGUAAAUGAUGAUCUGGAUGAAGCCUUUUCAAGGUGCAGUUUGGAUAGCUUUGAGUACUCUGCAGACCAGGAGAGGGCAGUAGCUCUGCACUAUUGA